AUGCACAACUGAUUCAUCUUGCGGUGGUACAGCCCUCAAAAAUCAAAACAAGCAUCUCCGCGCUUAGCUGGAUGCUACCUUGUAUCUGUACAUAAAGAAACUCAGUAUUCGUGACAGAAAAAGACUUUCGUCAUGUCGAAUAUGGACAAACAUUUGUUUAACCUCAAGUUUGCUGCCAAGGAACUACAGCGCAACUCCAGGAAAUGUGAUAAAGAGGAAAAAUCUGAAAAAACUAAAGUGAAACAGGCUAUCCAGAAGGGUAAUAUGGAGGCAGCGAGGAUCCAUGCAGAAAAUGCCAUCCGCCAGAAGCACCAGUCCAUUAACUUCUUGAGGAUGAGUGCCCGUGUGGACGCUGUAGCCUCUAGGGUCCAGACCGCUGUCACUAUGAACCAGGUGUCAAAAUCCAUGUCUGGAGUGGUGAAGUCUAUGGAUGCUACACUGAAAAGCAUGAACUUGGAGAAGAUCUCUUCACUGAUGGACAAGUUUGAAAAGCAAUUUGAGACUCUUGAUGUGCAGACAGCCCAGAUGGAGGACACCAUGAGCAGCACAACCACUCUGACAACCCCUCAGAAUGAAGUGGAUAUGCUGUUGCACGAGAUGGCUGAUGAAGCAGGCUUGGAUCUUAACUUGGAGCUUCCUGCAGGCCAGACUUCUUCACUGGCUUCAUCUGUGGCAUCAGCAGAGCAGGAUGAGCUCUCCCAGAGGCUGUCCAGGCUGCGAGACCAGGUGUCGUAGUGACACGACGAAGAAAGUGACGAGGAGGGAAAAGAAGAAAAGGGAAGAAGUCACAGGGAGUGAAAAGAAAAGGUGGAGGCCCCAUAA